AUGGUGGAACCGACUAGCUGUUUGGCCGUUCUGACAAUAACACGGUACAAAGCGCAGCUUCUUGAAAUCAUUGAUGAAGCCGCCAGACUCCGGGAGUCCGAGAAGCGGAAAAAAGCGGAAUGCGUAGAACUGCGCCGGCAAAUCAGCCUGCUAAAAUCUAACCUGAAUGCUAGGGAGCUCGAGUUGGCGACCGUUGACCGCCCCACUGAGUGUGACAACACGGCCGAAAGCGCGCACGUCAUUGCAAGAGAAAACGAGGAACUGAAGGCGCUCCGCGAUAAUCUUAAAAACCUUCUUGAGGCAACCCAGACCAGACUGAAAGAAUGUGAAAUGGAAAAUUAUUCUGUGAAGCAAGAAUUGGAGGCACGCAAGAGCUUGACAGCCAAACGGGACAACGGUCUAGACUCCUCCAACAAACUUUUCGAGAAAUUCAUCCUAGUGCACGGCCAAGCUACAAAACAAUUUGAGGAACUUGAGCGCGCGCUGCUCGAGAUGCACAAUGAGAGAAAUGACGUGCUGAACAAGCAAAUUGAGAUGCAAAAUGAAUUAACAGCACUAAAGGCAGCGAUCACAGACCGCGAGGCAGAAGAGCGGAAAUGCCAGGAACGCAUUGAGUCCCUGAAAGAAAAACUUGUCGCGUCGUCUGCCAGUGCGGAAGACCUCAGAGAGCAGCUACUUGUUGAGAAAGAACGACGAAAGGAACUGAACGACGAUCUGAAUCGAGCGUGCCAGCGGAUUGCCGAUCUCUCCGCAUCCCGAGAGCAACUGGCUGAGGCUCUACGUGCUGCGUACCUAAAAAGGUAA